AUCGACAAUCGUGUACAGCUGUUGCAUGUUGUGAAUCUAUCGUGAGUGUUAAUUUAUUUAAAAUACCACCACCGAUUCAAAAUAUCGAUACCGAUUCAAACUAUUACUGCGGACAAUAAAUACCAAUAGCGCGGUAGUUUAAAUAAUCGGUAGUUGGUUUUUCAUUUAAAAAUAAUUAAUUGUUAAUUUAAAAUUAUUUAUUAUUUGUAAUGGUAGCAAUGAAAUUAUGAUUAAUGUGAUACUGUUAGUAUAAGGAAUAAGAUAACUGUACUCGGUUUUUAAAAAUUUAAUGAGCGUUAACAAGCAUUUAAUAACCCGUUAGAAUAGACAAUGAAAGACGAUACUAAAGAAGGUGAUAAAAAUCGCGAAUCGGAUUCUGGAUUAAUAAAUUCUGGUGCUAAAGAUAGUCAUCAUCAUCAGCAGCAGCAGCAGCGGAGAAGUAAAGUAUGCAAUGAACAUGGAGAUGAUUGUCCGAGUGAAAAUGAACGUGAGUUUGAUUCAUUAGAAUACGAAGAAGACGUUUAUUAUUCAAGUAUUGCCGAGACUCCGAGCUUUGAUGACAUCGAUAACGAUUUAUUUAACGAUGGGAAUGAAGAAAUAGUCGUCCACUGCUGGAAGGAUGACAAUAUUUAUUUAGACGAAAUACUAGUUAAUGAUAUUGAUUUGUCGCAAGACCUUGACGUUAAUUAUGACAAUAGUGAUAAUAGUGGAGUGACUAGAAAUAAGUUACGUAAAUUGAGAUCAGUACGAGUUAUAUUCAAAGAGAUGACUAAGUCUUAUAUUGAAAAAUUCCAGGGAAAAGGACAGUUGUUUAAUCGUUUAAAAGGUGAGGAUGCCCUACAUUCUGGUUCUCUUUCUCCAUCGGCUGACAAUGUGGCAAAUGAGUUAGCUGGACUAUCAUUUGAGGAACAAGAACGUCAGAAGGAAGAGUGGAGAACUGAAUUAGCUAAGGUUGAAGAAGAGAUCCAGACCUUAAGACAUGUAUUAGCAAGUAAAGUACGAGUAUCCCAAGAAUUAAAACGCAAACUCGGUAUCAGCGUAUGGAAAGACAUUACUGAAGAUGUUAAUCAAGGUCUCCGUAAUGUCAAGGAGAGUAAUGUUUAUCAGAACAUUGGUGAGAAACUUGGUCAUGUCAAGAGGGCCGUCUCCGAGAACAGUUUAUUUCAGAAAACGGAAUCAGUAUGCAAACAAGCUGCUGGUAUGACCCAAAGUUUCUUGGGAGGUUUCGGCAGCGGAAUUUCCAUGAAAUUGGGACAGAUGCGUAAUUCUGAUAGUUUUCGUUCACUUGAAGAACGUGUCGGUAGCGCAUAUGAAAAUGUCAAGACUAAAGUAACACCAUCAAGAUCAAAUUCCACUCAAAGCUUUGAUGAAGCCUUACGAGAAUCCGAGGCAAGACGAGCAUCAGGAAUACCAUCGGUCGCUACCAGCCCGACUAUUCCCGAGGAAAAACUUUUAUCAUAGAGCUCAAAUUAUCGUCGGCCUUUCAAUCAGCAGUGUGAUAUAAACAAUAAUAAUAAUAACAAUAAUAGUUCCUCUUAUUCUUAUUUAUCAUCGAUGAUCUUGGGAGAUUGGAUCACUUGUCCUACAAUAAAUCAGUAUCAGUGUCCUCACUGUUACACUGCACGUAAAUGCACGCAUCAGAAACAAGACAAAGGUCGAACGAAUAAAGUUAUUGGAGUAAAAAUGAACAAGCGUGUUAUAAAUUAAAUAUGACAAACAAAUGGUAAUUAAAUGUUGUGUUAUAACUUACAACAAAUAGAAAAUGUAUCAAUGCAUUUUAUCGUAAGCAUAAAUUAGGGAACAAAUGAUACAUUUUAAUAAUAAAUAAAUAAAUGAAAUAUAAAUCAGCUCGUCCUCUGACAAUAUUCUUCUUACACGAGACUUAUAUACUAUAUAUACACAAUAAUCUGCUGUCUAUUUAACUUAGCAAGGAUGAUCAUACACUUCUUGCACUGUUGAGCCUUUUAAAAAAAUCUAAACAUUUAAAACAAAAUAGAUAUUUAUAUAUGCGACUACUCGCGACAGUGUACUAUAUCUGUAAUUUUUUUUGCACCAGAUUUUGAUCCUUUGCUGCUGGUAUACGACAAAGAAAUAUUAAAAAUUGUGGAAAUGUUGAUUGAUUUAUUUUUUGCGUGAAUAUAUGAAUGAAAAAAAAAAUGAUAUAUAAUUAAAUUAUAUUUAAAAUUUAUAUAUAACUGUAUAUUCUGAUAUUGUUUGCUUUGUCAUUAAACCUAUGUGGAAAAAAUGGUUAAAUAAAUUAUUUCAUUGAAUAA